GGCUGCAACAUGGCAGCUCCCGGGUAUCUUAGCAUGUGAAGCUGGGAGAAGAAAAGGAAAGGAGCGGCCCUAAGCAGAGGGCGUCGGAGAGGGGGAAAGCACCGUAACUGACAGUCCAGCGAUAUCCAGAGCACUGAACCAGGAAUUACCAUUUAUUGUACAGGAAGCCCUCUCACAGCUUCACCACUUGAUUUUCUCCUUUUUGCCGCAUGAUCCCUAUAAAGUCCUGGAUUAUGUUUGUCUCACUUUUCCUGUGUUCCAUAAUUUGGCUGAACCGUGGAUUUAAACUCAGAAUAAGAGGCACUUAGAGCCAACAUUUCCAUGUUUUCACCCUGCUUUCUUAAUGUAUAAGACAUAAGUACUUUAGAGGUUACACAAAACAACACUUUGGGAGGAAAAUGUUAAUGACCAUUGGCAAGCAUUUUUUUUCUAUUUUAUUGCUACAAUGAGUCAAAAACUGUAACCUUCUUCCUCUCCUAUUUGUUCCAAUGCACUAAGGCCAUUCUUGAGCAGCCAAGACUUCUUGACCCCGUGGAAGUCACUGUGUAUAAUAAACUGCACCAAUGUCUGCUGAAGGAUUUCAAUACCGGGCACUGUACCCGUAUGAUAAGGAACGAGAGGAAGAUAUUGAUCUUUCGCCAGGUGAUAUUUUGACAGUAAGCAGAGCAGCAUUACUUUCUCUUGGCUACAAAGAUAUAGAUGAAAAAGACCCCAACCGCAUUGGGUGGAUUUUUGGUGUCAAUGAAAGAACCAAACAGAAAGGUGACUUUCCAGGAACGUAUGUUGAGUUUGUUGGACCUGUCCGAAUGUCACUGCCAGCCCAUCGCCCACGGGGACAACGACCAUUGCCAGCCACACCUAUAACCUCGAGGACUGAACAAUCUAAUUCAGCAGCACAAUCUCUUCCAGAGCUUGUUGACCACUUUUCCCCUCCAGAAAUUGCACCUCCCAUCCUUGCCAGGUUGCUUGAUGCUAUCGAAAAGAGAGCACUGGACAGUGAAACACUGUACAGGACCUCUAGUUUCGAGUUCAGAAACGCAGUUAAAACCGACCUUGCAGGAAUUGACGUGGAGACAUUAGAUAUACAUUCCAUCGCAGAUGCAGUGAAGAUAUUUCUACAAGAUCUUCCAAAUCCUGUAAUUCCAUAUCAUGUCCACCAAGAGAUCAUCUGGGCACUACUCGAGUCAAAAGAGGAGAGUAAAAAGAUAGAACAAGUUUCUAUGAUCAUUCAGCCACCUGCUGUACCCUUGCAGCAUUUACUUACUUUCCAGCACCUUCUCCGACACAUUUGGAAAGUGUGUGAUAAAAGUAACAGCAAUGGAUUGACUCUGAAGAUGGCUGCUGAAAUCUUUGGACCACUACUGCUUAGACCAGUGAUCACUGGGGCGGAGGCUGUCCCGGAUUAUCCCAUCCUCUUUUUGGAGCUUCUGCUGCAAAAUAAAGAGCUGCCAUCUGAACAGCAUCCUCCAGCUCUUCCUCCCAAGCCAGCAAAACCCAAACCACCAACAUGCAAGGCUAAUGCAGGUGGAGGAACACUUCAGGAGGCAGAGUGGUACUGGGGUGACAUUUCUAGGGAGGAGGUUAAUGAGAAACUUCGGGAUACUCCAGAUGGGACAUUCUUGGUGCGCGAUGCCUCCAGCAAAAUCCAAGGGGAAUACACACUCACUCUCAGGAAAGGUGGAAACAACAAGCUGAUCAAGAUAUUCCAUCGUGAUGGCAUGUAUGGUUUCUCUGACCCUCUCACCUUUACAUCAGUGGUGGCACUAAUUGCUCACUACCGGCAUGAGUCUCUAGCCCAGUACAAUGCCAAACUGGACACCAAGCUACUUUAUCCAAUGUCUAAAUACCAGCAGGACCAGAUUGUGAAGGAGGACAGCGUUGAGGCAGUUGGUGAGCAGUUGAAGCUUUAUAACCAGCAGUACAGAGAUAAGAGCCGGGAGUUUGAUACAUUGUAUGAGGAAUACACCAGGACAACUCAGGAGCUACAGAUGAAGCGAACAGCCAUAGAGGCGUUCAAAGAAACAAUAAAAAUCUUUGAAGAACAGUGUCAGACACAGGAGAGAUGUAGCAAAGAAUACAUUGAGAAGUGCCGAAGAGAGGGUAACAAUAAGGAGAUUGAAAGGAUGUUAAUGAACUCUGAGAAGCUCAAGUCUCGGGUAAUAGAGAUUCACGACAGCAAGAUGAAACUUGAGCAAGACCUGAAGAAACAGGCUACAGAGAACAGAGAGAUUGACAAGAAAAUGAACAGCCUGAAACCUGACCUUAUGCAGCUGCGCAAACUGCGUGAUCAGUAUCUAGUCUGGCUGCUUGGGAAAGGUGCUCGUCAGAAGGACAUUAAUGAGUGGCUGGACAUGAAGAAUGAGCCAGAAGACCCUUAUUCUAUUAUGGAUGAUGGGGAGGACCUUCCACACCAUGAGGAGCGCACCUGGUACAUGGGCAAAAUGAAACGCGAGCAGGCAGAGGAAAUGUUGGCUGGAAAGGCGGAUGGCACGUUCUUGAUACGGGAGAGCAGACAAAAAGGCUGUUAUGCUUGUUCAGUAGUGGUGGAUGGUGACACUAAGCACUGUGUAAUCUACAAGACUGCCACGGGCUAUGGCUUUGCUGAACCUUACUAUCUAUACGCCUCUCUGAAAGAGUUGGUCCUGCAUUACCAACACACUUCCCUGGUCCAACACAAUGAUGCGCUCAACGUCACCCUGUCGUUCCCUGUGCUUUCACUACCACCCCGGUGAUUUUUCUCUGCAUUGCUGGCAUCAGAUGUUGCCCUUGGGGCAUAUUAGCCUCAAGGCACUGUGGAGAUGGGUUCCUCUCAGGGGUAUCAGUUUAUGUUGAUAGUUAUAAGAGAGAAUGUGCAUCAAGCGUCACAGUAGAUAAAUACACUUUUUCUUUAUCCCAGCAUAGUUAGGAACAUUGCUGGGUAAUGACGAGGCAGGAAUCGCCAACUGCCAUUCUGAUGAUGGCUUUUUGUCAGCAUCUGAUAGAGAACAGCUAGGAACUGCCAUAAACAAUGACUGCAGCAUUAAACAUGUAAGAUGUGUCAAUGUAUGCAGUUCCCCCAACUGGUUUUAGGGUAAUGUUACUUUUUGAAAAUAUGUUUUCCAGGUCUACAUUUCUCCCUUGACCACUAGUACAGGCUUGUCGGUAAACAAUAAUUUGCUAGAGGGAAAAGUAUCCCCGAAUGAAGGUUUUACUUAAUUGUUGAGACAACAAUCAUUAGUAUAUGGUCCAUGAAAUAAAGCAAUGUUUACAUGAAAACAGAAAUUG